ACCUCGUAACUAGUCUCGUUCGAAGCGUCAGUUGAGUCGAAAGUGGUUCCCAUUCCUCGGCCGACGGUGUUGACUUUCUAAUAUCGAAGUUUGUGAAAAUUGUAUAUUUUCCCAAUUCCCACUCGAGGGUGUUUGCAGCAGAAACGAAUACAGAUUUUCGCUAAUAGUUGAGUGCUGGAAACGAAUAGUAGCGGUUUCUGUUGGGUUAAUAGUUCCGAGAAAGCAGUGCUUUUUCGUUGCGUAAAAACAACCUUCGUGCUUACAGCAAAAGUGACGUCACGUUCGGGAAAAAUAAUUUCAUCGAACAAAACCCAUCAAAAGUGAUAGCAAAACGAGAAAAACUACUAUCCAUAGUUGGAACGUGAAUAUUUCUAGCUUCUGUGGUGGAAAUUUGCCAAGAAAAAGUGUUUUUCACGGCGAAAAUUCAUCGUUUUGUGAGCGAUUCAACCUAACCUCAAACAUAAAUAUAAAUAUACGGGUUCGUGUUCGUCAGCAGAAAGUGCGAAGAAGAAAAAAUCCGAUCGCUCGCUUGCUUGCUUUGUUCGGAUGAACCGAACGAGUUGUGUGUGAUAUCAUAUUUUUCCGUCGUUCGCUUUCUGAGAGAAGUGAACCAAAAAAAAUAAAAUCCAACUGUGUGAGAUCUAACAAAAUAAACAAUUGCGACAGUUUGUGUCGUCGUUCCAAUUUGACUUUGAAGAGGUGCUUUUUCGCUUGCUGUGUGUUGUGAAGCGUAGAGACAGAGAAACACGCAAACAGGACAAAACAUGAGUGCCAGAGUGUAUAAUCCGAUGAUACUUUCGGAGAUAUCGAAACUGCGUUCGCCGGCCCUCGUCCGGAGGCCAGUUUCGGCAUCCAGUGUUUCCGCCGCCCGUGUCAAGCGUGAUUUGUUUGGACCGGUCGAUAAGGAGGAUUCGAAAAAAUUUAUUGAACGCGAAUUGGCCGCUCACAAUGAUGUCCUCAGCAAGAAAUGGGGUUUUGAUUUCCGCGCUGGCCAGCCUCUGCAGAAUCACGAUCAGUACCAGUGGGAACGCGUUCCACCGACUUCGGCGCCGGCGUGCUUCACCGGAAUGGUUACUCUGACCCGGGCCGCACACAUUGUGUCACAAUCGUCCACCACAUCGGAGGAUUUGCUGGAUCAACGGGCUGAGCGUGAAAACCGAACGGAUUUCAGUUCCCUCGCGUCGCCAGUCUCCGCCACCGAAUCCGACCACGAGAUGGACAGCUGUGAAGCGGUGAGGACAUACCCGUUGGUUCUGCGCAGUGAUAAGCUGACCACCAUUAUCAAUAAGACCAACAUCACUAGCAACAGCAGUUCCUCCUUCCCAGCUUCGGCAACCCGAGCGAAACGUCAACAGCGAAUUACAGACUAUCUGAAGGAACGCAAACGCCUGGCCUCAGGUGCCCCCAAAACCGCAUUGGCCAAGAAGGCUCGCCAGAUGUUCACCACCACAUCCUCUGCAUCCUCGUCAUCUUCUUCGUCCGGUGCGUUGAGUUCCGCGGCGCCACGAUCGAGGACAACAACUUCGGAAUAAAGUUCCCGCGGGGUAACUCGUUUCCACAACAUACACAUUUCUUUUCUAAAAAGACCUGAAUGCUAGCUCUAGCGGUGAAUCCGCGUAUGUGAUGCUGAUGAUGCUAGGCAGCAAUCCGAUCUCACCGAACCCAUUCUGUUCGUUGUUUAUUAUAUAUUACGCAUACACACACAAAUGCUUCUUUGUCGUCAUCAUUCAUAUAAUUUUUUUGUCUACACACAUUUACAAAUGGACUAGUUUUUUAGGCGUAUUUAUACACCCUCUUUUUUGCUAUUAUUUUUUGAAAACAGAUAAAUCAUCAAAAAGAUUACUAUUUACAAAAUCAGUGGAAACAAAACAAAAUCAAAGGUACAGUUUAACACAUUUGUGUGUGGUAGGUUCGCAGCGAUCGAACAAAAGGCCAUUUUAAAUUCAAAAUAGUACAAUAAGUUUUGGACUGUAAGCUUUAGGCUGUAGGAUUGGAAGGGACUCAAAAGAAGGCAAACGGAAAAUCGAUCACGAGUUAGGGCCAUGUUCUUCUAUGCACAUGUAUAUAGAAUUUCUCCCGUGAAAACCCCACAUUGUAAGAGUUAUUCUAGCAAAUUGUAUAUAUACUUUAUAAGUAAACAAAAUUCAAAAUAUCGGCUUGUGAUCGAUUCACUCGGUAGACACGUAAAAUGGUGUUCUUUCCGAUGAGAUUGUUUAGGUUGCUUAUAACAACCGAACAAUCUUUUCGGAGACAAACGCAUUCCGAUUGAUCCGACUGUGUGUAAAUACCGCUACUAGUAGACUUUCACAGUGAAAAACACUUGAAGUUGUGAUUUGAAUGCUAUUUGCACAGCGAAUCAUGAUUCCGACUGAAUUUUCCGCAUCUUUCUCAACUAUUCAUCGCAUCUGUUAAACUCUGACGAAUGCUUUCGUUCCCAAAUCUGCGGCGACUGUCAAGGCGAAAUGAUCUCAAAAACCCAGCAUGCAAUAUCGAAUACAUACCCGCUGCAAUAUCCACUUCUUUUGAGUGCAAUACCAUCGCCAUAGCAAAAAAAAAAAAGGAACGUUAGCAUUGGAAUGAUUUUAAUAUGCCAUUGAAACUAUCUAAACCUAGUAAUUUUAAACUCAAAACAAAACAAAAAAAAAACACGAAAUAGCUCCAGAGAGACAACCUUCGAUGGACAAAGUCACACGUGCCAAAUCUCGAAACUCGAAGGUUGUAUCUCUGGAAUGGUUUCGGAGACAAAAAAAAACAAGCCCUUCAAAGCAAAAAGCAAAGCUGUGUAUUUUUCGAUUUCCGGACAUGCCGGGCUAUCGAAUAUUCGUCUUAUUCAUUUUAAGUUCCCAUUUUGAACCGUACUAAUAACCACACUAAAUAUGUUACACAGAGAGGCAUUACCGCCACUAAUAUAUUAUCUACGAAAGUUCUAUGCAAAAUUUGCAAUGUCUUAUUUAUUUCUACUCUUAAACAAAAAUGAAAGUACCUUGGAUCUUGUGUUUUAAAUCUUUCUUUCCCUCUUUCCUCCCACGCUCUGUGGAUUACAACAAAACAAAUACGGUAUCAGUUUUUACAAAAGUAGAUUAUCUACGCUAAAUACUACGCGCGUAUAGCUGUAAGGAUGUUAAAUGAACAAACACAUGUUGUAUAUCGAAACGCACGCACCCCCGUAGUUGAUAAGUGUAAGUGAUAAGCUGGAAAAUAAUAAUAUGAUGUAUUGUGUUUGUGACACUUUCGAGGGACAAUAAUAUUCUUCACGCUGGGGAAACGCUGAAAAACGAAAAUUGAACAGUAAUAAUAAAGAGUGCAUACAAAAUAA